AUGCCUUCAUAUAUUAUCAUUGGAGCAUCUCGUGGCCUUGGUUAUGAGUGGCUGAGGCAUCUUAGCCGUGACUCUGAAAAUACUAUAGUUGGUCUUGUUCGAAAUCCGGAUGCAGUCGAAGCCAAGCUCGCAUCCGACAGUAUUCGCAAUGUCAAUAUCAUCAAGGCCGACCUCACUGAUCACAAAUCCCUCUCCGCUGCGGUAACCAAGACCGUAGAUUUAACAGGAGGCUCUGUGGAUUAUCUUAUCAUCAAUGGAGUUCAUCAAGAUCCCGUUGGUGAUUUUCUUUCUCCGACUGAGUUUAUCGGUCGCGAGGAAUUGCUACAUGAUUACAUGGUGAAAGCAAUAGAAACAAAUGUCGUUGGUGUCAUGUACGGAAUCAAUGCCUACCUACCACUUGUGCGCAAGAGCAGUGUCAAAAAGAUCACGGUAAUCUCAACAGGAUUGGCCGAUCUAGAGCUAGCGUUGCAGGGCAACAUGUCCUUCUUUGUGACAUACAGCGCGGUUAAAGCUGCUCUGAAUAUGGUUGUGGCUAAGUACAGUAUUGAUUUGAGAGCAGACGGAGUCACAAUUAUUGCACUCAGUCCUGGUUUGGUAAAUCAAUUGGAUGUUUGA